GUCAUGAUCAGACGAAAAAAAAAAUUAAAAAAAAAACACUUACCACGAGGUGGUAAGUGACAGAGCUUUAAUAACAAAAUAUUUUCGUUCUGAUUCAAGUAUAUCUUUAUAAAUAUAUUAUUAGCUGAAAUUGACAACUUUCACACCAUUAAUAGUUUUGUAUUUACAACUUUAAAGUAAAAAUGCCUUCUGAAAAUAUGGAAGUAAAACAAGUCCCUGAUCAAGAUAAAAUAAAAAUGUUGGGAUUUGAUAACAUUUCAGAUUUUAUGAAGGAUGGUUUUAAAACAUUAAUGGAAGCCAUAAAACACUCAAAUAGUCUACCACAGGGGUCUGACUGGAACUUUUAUCACGCUCAUGAGACCUUUAACAAAAUAAUGAACGAAGAAAGUGGUAAAGUUCUUAAACAAAUAAAUGGUAUAUUAAGAACUAAUCAUAUAGAAGGAAAUGUUCGUAAUAGAUGUCUAGAAGAAAAAACAGAUUUGAUAGUAGAAGGUAAUGAUAACAUUCUUGAAAGGGUAGCAAACGAUAUUGAUGAAAUGAAUGGUAUUAAGAAAGCAGGAGUUGCACCAGUUUUAAUACAAAAUGUUAGUGCUGAGUUACCAAUUAAUGGAUCUUGGAACAGAUUUAAUGAUGUUAAAUUUUCUGUAACACCUACAAUAACUCCACAGGUUAAUUUACAAGACCCUAAGAACACUGUUACAUUAAUUGCUGCAAAAAAUGUAAUUAGACCACAAAAAUUCUUUAGGGAUAAAAUUAUUAAUAGUAGUAAAUUUCCUUGGGAACCAAGGAUUAAAAUCAAACCUAAUUCAAUAAAACCUUUAGCCAUCUUUCUGGAAGAGACUGAAAACGGAGAGGAAUAUUCUCAUCCUUAUGAAUUUGAAUUGGACAGAUUCACACCAUUGCCAAUACAGUUAAAGAAAGAAAAUCCUUUAAAACCACUACCUGUUGAAGAGACACCCUUAAUAGAAAUUACAGAAGAGGGACAAUUGGAUGAAUUGGUAGAAACUUUAUUAAACUGUCAAGAAUUUGCUGUAGAUGUCGAACAUCAUUCAUAUAGAACUUUUAUGGGUAUUACUUGUCUGUUGCAAAUUUCUACUAGAGAGAAAGAUUAUAUAAUAGAUGCAUUGGCAUUAAGAGAUAAGUUGUGGGUACUUAAUGAGGCAUUCACCAAACCAACAAUUAUUAAGAUUUUCCAUGGAGCUGACUCAGAUAUUGUGUGGCUACAAAGAGAUCUAUCAAUAUAUGUCGUCAAUAUGUUUGAUACCUAUCAAGCCGCAAAACAAUUGGAGAUUUCCGGCCUCUCGUUGGCGUAUCUAAUGCAGAGGUAUUGUAGUUUUGUCCCCAACAAACAAUUUCAGUUAGCUGAUUGGCGGAUACGACCUUUGCCCGAUGAACUGAAGCAAUAUGCUAGGGAGGAUACCCACCAUUUAAUUUAUAUAUAUCAAAUGUUGAAAAAUGAUCUUUUAAAGAAGGCCAAUGGUUCCGAUAACCUGUUACUUGCUGUAAUAAAUAACAGUACAGAAACUUGCAAAAAGAGAUAUUUCAGGCCUGUACUUAGAGAUGACAGCCACUUAGAUUUCUAUAGAAAAUGUAAAAGACAUUUUGAUAAUAGGCAACUCUACGCCCUAAAACAAAUUUACAAAUGGAGAGAUGAACUAGCUAGAGAGGAAGAUGAAUCUAUAGGAUAUGUUCUACCGAAUCAUAUGUUACUUCAGAUAGCUGAAACGUUGCCUAGAGAGAUGCAGGGAGUUUUGGCUUGUUGCAAUCCAAUUCCUCCACUAGUAAAAGCAAACUUGUUGGAGAUUCAUCAGAUUAUUUUAAGAGCCAAAGAACAACCAUUAGAAAAGCCCAUAUUUAAGGAAGAUACUAGGGCAAGAGGAAGCACUAAGAAAAUAUCAAAGAUAAAUGUGGAUAGCCCGUUAAAUUGUCCACAUGAUUUGACAAAAGCAAACGAAUUUCGAGAUGAUUUGCCGACUAUUUUGGGAAAUAAUAGUCCAAGUUUAAUGAACUUGUCAAAUGGAAAGUUAGAGAAUGAAACUGACAAACCAAAAUGUUCGGUAUUCUUUACACCAGAUAAUUCGGAGGAUGAAGAGAAGAAAAAUAAAAUCAACUUUAAAUUUUUGAGACCGUUUGAGAGGUAUAAGUUGGUUAGAAGCUAUAUUCAAGCAGAAGAAGAAAAGUCGGCGGAAGCUGAAAAUGUUGAAAAUGUAAAUCAAAAUCAAGAAGAAGUUGUUACUAUGACUGACGAGCAGAGAAUUGAGGAGAUUCGACAACACUUUUUAAAACUUUCGAAAAGCGGUCCUGUAGCUCCAGAACCAGAAUUGUCCUUGGUACAGAUGGGUGGUACAAAAAGAAAACGGGAUCAUUCUCCCUCUGUGAGAGAACAAUCUGCAUCUGUACAUCCGGUAUUUCUAUCAAUGUCUAGGGAAGUAACUAAUAGCAGAGGGGAUAAUAAUAUUCAUAAAAGGAAAUCUAGUGACAAUGCAGAUGGGGCGCCUCCAGAUAAAAUAAGGAAUACAAAUAAACAUAAACAAAAACAACAGAGGAGGAAAGCAGUUAGAGAACAAGAACAACGAAGGUUUAUGAGGAACGAGGAAAGUGAAGAAAAUCAAUUGGAUGGCCAAAAUCGCACUGACUCAUCAACCCGAUCACAUGAAUUCAAUAAGCAACAUCAACAAAAACGUCAAAGGUUUAAAAACAAACAAAAACAAAAGAAAAAAUUCCAACAAAACCAAACACGUCCAGAAAACGGUCACGAUAAUGAAAAUAGUGAAGUAGAUAAUCAAAAUAGCGAAGUAGAUAAUCAAAAUAGCGAAGUAGAGUUUAAACCUUUCGAUUAUAGUUCAGUCGAUUUUCGACAAUUUCAAGGUGGCGCUGGUAGUGUUUCCAAGCCUCAAGAGGUCAAGAGUACUAUUCGAUUUAAAAAACAAAAACAAGGGGCCAAUAAAAAUAACAACAAAUCAGCCUUCUUUAAACACAUAGGAGGAAAAGGAGGUCAUCGUGGUGGAGGAAGAGGCGGUGGGGGAAGAGGUGGUGGGGGAAGAGGUGGUGGGGGAGCUAGAGGAGGAGGAAGACCAGGGAGAAGUUACUAAGAUAAUUAAAAAUAAUAUAUGAUUUGUGAUUUAUACGUUUUAUUAAGAAAUAAAAUAUUUAACAAU